AUGCUCUAUGAGCAAGAGCAACAAAGAGAACAGAAAGAAAGGGAAAAAGAAAGAAUGUCAGAACAGAGGGAAAAACAAAGAGACGAAAAACUGGCUCAGAUGCUACAUGAGCAGGAGAAAAAAUUAACGCAAAAGCUCAUUGAGCAAGAGCAGCGCAGUGAAGCGAAGCUAGAUAGUAUCCAAAGCGAACUUGCCGAGAUGCGGGACGCUUGCAAAGAAAUCCCCGAUCUUGUGCAAAACUUAGCUGGCGAGAUGCAAAAAUUACAGAUAUCGCAGGCUAGGCUUGAAGAUAAUGUCCAGACUUUAACCAACCGCGUGGAUAAUGUGAAGAUAGAUGCACGGAAAAGUAUUGACGUAUAUUUGGAAGUGCAAGCUCAAAAAGUAGAAAAAGAAUUAAAUGAAUGGCUAGAAGUAAAGGAUCGCGAGAUAUCUGCAAAAAUUGAAAGCGACGUAAAAACAGCUGUAGAAUAA